UAACUUGAAUCACAAGAAAAUCUCUCCUUUCCCUCUCCAUAUAUAGCAAACCAACCGUCAUUUCCACUUGUAUACGACAACCUUAAACUUUAAUUUUCUAUCCAUUCCCAGAAACCAGAAAUGGAGAAAAACGGCGGCGAAAGAGCAUCCCAGAUUGUGUUUUUCGAUUUGGAAACCACAGUGCCAAACAAGACAGGACAAAGAUUCCAAGUACUAGAAUUCGGGGCGAUGGUCAUUUGUCCGAGGAGGUUGUCGGAGCUGGAGAGCUUCUGCACGCUGAUUCGUCCCGGCGACCUGUCCGCCGUGUCGGAGAGGUCAGGGCGGCCGGAGGGAAUAACACGGGGAGCUGUUUCCGACGCGCCGCCGUUUGAGGAAGUUGCGGAUAGAAUAUUCAGCAUUAUGGAUGGGAGAAUCUGGGCGGGACAUAACAUCCAAAGAUUUGAUUGUAUUCGGAUUAAAGAAGCCUUUGCUAAGAUCGGCCGCCCUGCGCCGGCGCCGGUGGGAACCAUUGAUUCUUUGGGGGUUUUGACAGAGAAAUUUGGAAGAAGAGCUGGAAACAUGAAGAUGGCAACUUUAGCACAAUACUUUGGACUUGGGCAGCAGAAACACAGAAGCUUAGAUGAUGUCCGCAUGAAUUUGGAGGUGUUGAAGCAUUGUGCAACCGUACUAUUUUUGGAAGAAAGCCUUCCAGAUUUAUUGAAUGGAAAAUGGCAGCAGGGAUCUACACAGAUGAUGAUGACAACAAGAAGCCGAAGUGUAAUGGAAAGAUUCCCGAGUUCACCAUUGAACGAAAGGUGGCAGAAGGGUUCAUCAUCGUCAAUCACAACAAGAAGUAGCAGCAUAGGGAAAUCAUGUUGCAGAUUAGAAAUAAGCAGAAAAUCUCCAGCAACAGUGACUUCUCUGGGAGGAUACCAAAGAGCUGUUCCUUAUGCAAGGGAAAGCCUGGGAAGGAUGAGUGCAGGAGUAAGAAACCUGUGGUGCAAAGCCCACAAGACCAGACCUUUCAACACCUUGCUCAAACAUUCUCAUUCUUUGCUCCGAUGAUCAAUCAAUCAAACAUUACAACCUGCAGAUCCAACGACUGAAGCUUCAUGCAUGCAAUGUCACAUAUAUGCUGCAAAAUUUUGGAUUCUAAUUCAACCUAGGAUCACAAAUUCCAACUGUACGUAGUGUGUGUCCUGACAUGCAUGCAUCACCUUCAUUCAAUUAUUAGUCAUUAGAUUAGUGAUAUGAUGAUUCUUUCAUUUUCUUGUAACUGUAAUUGCAUAAAUGUCUCAGCAGUUACCAUUCAUUGUAUGUUAAUUCAACUCUUAGCUAGGCUUGUAUAUAUAUUCACUGCAAUUAUAUUGUAAAUAUUAAUAUAAAAAUAAAAAAUAAAAAAUAAAAGAUUUCAUCCCUUA